AGCUACCUACGAAAACUACGCGCGCUGGAUACCUUACGCAUAUAUAGUGUUGUACUUUGGCUGCUCCUCAAAUUUUUCGGUUCUUCACUUGCCCUUUGUCCCUAUACUCGAACAAAUCCUCUCUACUAGAACCGCGACAUGUCUCAAAUGCUCAAAUAUGUCGACAAAAAGGUCUGCCUGAUCAUCACGGAUGGCCGCAACCUUGUCGGGACCCUCACCAGCUGCGAUUGGCAGGGCAACAUCAUUCUGUCCGAUACCGUCGAGCGCAAGAUCACUCCUGCGGAAUGGGGACAGGACAGCGAGGAGAUCGCUAUGGGCGUGCUGCUCGUUCGAGGCGAUACUAUAGUUCUGUGCGGCCUGAUCGACGAGGAGAGAGACGAGAGCAUCGACUGGACCAAGGUUCAUGGCGAUAUCAUUGGCACCACGAAGAGAACCUGAAAAGAAAGGCGCUGUGGUAUCGGACAUUUGAAAAUAUCUAUGGGCAUGAACUAGCUGACAAAAGCUCGCGAAGUUAUCUACCUUGGCCACCAUAAUGAUAUGAUAUAAGCCGCAUUGAGCGCGCUAUGUUGGCACCGGAAGGAAAGGUUGGGGAAUAUGGCCGGGUGUAUGUUGCUAUAAGCAAAGAAUGCGCAUGAACACGAUCUUGCUCUACAUGAAGCUCUGUCACCCCGUCGUCAACCAUAUGAACGAGUCAAAGCUCGACGGAGCCAGGUCUGAAUAUAACUCUUUGGAAUUGAGGAUCCG